ACACUCGAUAUAGUCCUUGUCAUUUCUGUUCAGCAAAGAGGGUGGCACUCCAGUGUGAGCCAAUUGAGUUAUUUAUGUCUCCCAAAGGAGCAACCAAAAUACAGUCGCCCCCACGGCACCCACUCUCCCACCCAAUACUCACAAUAAUACCACAUCUUCAAGAAAUUAGGUUUUUCCCCUGCUUUACAUCCCACAAGCUCUUCAGGCGGUUGUAACACCUUCCCAGUUUGUGUUAGUUAGCUCUUGCUACUAAUGGCCAACAGUUAGCUGUCCAGAUUUAUAAAUAGUUGUGAGGCUGUUUGUUUCAUCGUCUGACACUCGACACCAAAGGAUCUCACAGAUCCGCGUGCUAGCUGAAGCCCUCAUUCUGUCCCCCCAUGGUGGACACUCUCUCUGGGACAACUCCUCUAUUUCUGUCUGGUCUCCAGCGCCCGGUUUCCGCUGCCUGCCGCUGGUCAGAUGCUCAAAGACCUGACUUUGGACUAUGUUGAGGUUUUUGCCUUGGAUUGUUGUCAAUAGCAAGAGCCAAAGCUGCGUAAGAGGGUUUGUAUGAGGUGACAGGAUCAGAUCAGCAAGGCCUUUUUGGGGAGACAGAGCCCUCUACGGAGUUUACAAUAAGGCCCAAAUUAUGGAUUAUAAAACUGGAAGGAAAACAACAAAUUCCAGGAUUUUUUCGAAGCCAGCUAAGAAGCACAAUGCCUUAGGACCUUCUGGCUGUGCAUAAUCCUGACUGGGGCCCCCAAACUCUGGGCCCUGUAGUUCCAGCAUCAGGCAGUAUAUAAUUUUGAGGUCUGUGCUUGCAUGAAUGACUGAACAACUGAGGACAGAGCUCUUUGUUAGUGAGCCUGCAUCAUGACCUCAGUUGAGAAGCGACGCUCAGGUCGAAAGAGUGGCGGGCAUCGAAAGCACAGUGAUGGAGGCUACAGCGACACCUCCAGUGGCGGGUCCUUUCUGGAUGAGACUGACCGUGAGGUCAGCAAUCUGACAGAUCGAGCAUUCAGGAGUCUCUGCAUUGGAGAUGAGGCUGUUUAUAAUGACUCAGACCUUUGUUCGUCUUCACCCUGCUCCCAGAGGGACAGGCAGCUGGCAUUUAGCCAGAGUGGCCAGGAGAGAGGCAGAGAAGACAGAGAAAGGGAGGAACUUAAGAGAGCUGCACAUGAGAGCUUCAGCUUCAGGAUGCAGCAGUAUGGACAGGAAUGGAUCCAUGGAGGAAUGUACGGGGCUGAGAUCCAGAGAGAUCCACAGUGGGAGGUUUAUGGGGAAAGGACACAGGGGAGGGUUUCUGCCACAUUCCAGCACUCUUUUGUGGAAAACUCUCAACAGGGGGAAUCUCUGAUGGAAGAACAGCUGUCCUUCCUGAGCAAUGGUGCCACAGAGUUGAGUUCACAACAACGCAGAAGCCGCUCUAGAGUUUCUUCCCUCAUCCGAGCUUUUAACUCUGAGGGACACAGGGAUGGAGCAGGGAUGGAUGGUAAACUCAGAGAUUGGAAUGACGAGACAAGCUGGGACAAAUCAGCUCUGAUGAGUAUCCAAAGGGAACUUUCUGAAUUCUCAACACCAUACCAGCAAAGCUUUAACAGUGGUUAUUACCCCUCAGCUGGUCCGUACUCAUCCCAAGAAGCCAACUUGUACGCCUCUGAAGUAGCAGCAGUGGCUCAUAUGAAUUCUGCAUCCUCUUUUAUGAGUUCUUCCCACAGUAAACACAGCAUGUCCACGCAGGUCAACUGCAACUCUAACUUCUUUAUACACAGUGAGUUUAGUCCGUUCAAGGUGUGGAGGGACCAUAACAGGUUUCCCUUCCAACAAGGACAAGUCUCAGGGUUUAUGCACUGUUCAGAGUUUCCUAGAUGGUAUGAGACACCUAUGUACAAAGAGCUUUCACUGGAGGCCCAACCACAGGGUCCUUAUAGGUUUGAGGAGAGGGGUAACAGACACCCGAGGAAUAACUUGGCGCCUGUGGUUCCUCCCACUCCUUCACGCUCCACCUCAACUUCCACAAUGCUACAGAAAGCUUUGGCUGUUGAGAAACGGUGUGAGUCAGAGUUGGCAGGUCAUUACCCUCACAGGAAGCGGACACAGAGCCUGGGAACUAACAGGCUCCCAUCCCAACGCCCAUCAACUGCAUCACCUACGAUCGAGAUGUCCCGGCGUGUCCAGGACACCAUCAGCUCAGUCAAAGCUCUGCAGCAAAAAAUCAAAAUGAUGACAGAACAAAAUAUUACAACUGAAAUGACAGCGAAUCAACAAGGAGUACUUUACAACAAUGAUAAUUUAAUUCCCUUUGGCAACAAUGCACAAACAGUGGCACCAGCAUCCUAUAACAUCAGCCAGCCGCACGCACCAUUAGUCCAUGCACAUCAAGAAGUAGAGCGAUCAGAGCUCCAGCAGUAUGCAGUUUCCCCUCAACCUAUGGAACAUCCUCCAGUGCGAGCAGAAAGCCGGGGAGCCAAUCCUGAUGUUCGGAUGUCCAGCUACAAAUCCAGAGCCACAAGCCUACUCUUUAAUCUCAAAGACAACAGGAAAAGAGUAAAAAGCACCUACAGCCCUCCGAAAUUCAAAGGCUUGGAGAUACCAGAGAAAAACAAACAGCCUUUGCUUCAGGAGCCUAGAGACACUGUAAUAGAUAUCCCUGAAUUUCCAGAUCCAGAUAUUCAAUUUAGCCAAGUAGAAGCAUCCAGCAGAGCAAAUGCUGCCUCACAUCAAUAUGUAAACCAGUAUCAUAACCCUGGAUUGCCACUUGCAACACUAAAUUCUCAACCUGCAACAGCAUAUACAGGCCAAUAUUCAGAAUACACUUCAAGUGAUUACCAAACAGCUCAGAUGCAAGGUGAGAUUGUUCAUCACUCUGGGUUCACUGGUUUAAUACCUGAAAAUUACGCUAGCAAUCAGCUGGCUAAUGGACAGAAUCUCCAUGAAGACUUAUCGUCAUUUCCUCCCUAUAAGCAAGGUAUGAUUGAUAAUGUACAAACUCUGGGGGGAGACACGUUUAAACCAUCAUAUACAGCUACAGAAAUACAGAGAAUAUAUUCUGACAACAAUCAAGCCAGAGAAUAUUUAAUAAGUAAGGCAAAUACUGAACAACAUUUUAAUGAAACAGUGGGAAGGGAAUUCACAAAGGUGGAUAGAUAUCAGCAGCUCAAAGAAAACCAACAUGAUUACAGUAAUGUGUCCUCACAGGAUAGGUGGGGACAGACAAACAGCCAAGACACAGAAAAUAUCAGUCUGAAAGCAGCUAUCUCUCCAUGGAAACAAGAGACAACUGCUUUAAUAGAAAAAGACCAACAUCCACAGGCAUACCAAAGAGCAGCUGCGAGAAAGGAGGAACUAAGUUUACCAAGAGACAAAUACAGAGAGGAAAAUCAGCAAAAUAAAGAACUUGAGAAAACAGAGUCGAGGGAGAGUUUUGGUGUUGGAACAUGUCAUAAAAAAGCUGGAUUGGUCAAUCCUAACAUUUCAAACCAACUGCCACAAUAUGCUCCAUUUAGUAAUGACACUGUAGAAAAUCCAAAGGAUUUUGGACAACAGCAACCUAAGGCAUUUAAGGACAAACAAGUACUUCCAAAGUCUUACGGAUACAAUAAGGAAAAUGAAACAAAAGAUAAUUAUUUGACGCAGAAUUAUAACAGAUAUGCUGAUCAUGACAAAACUAUGCUCAUGCAAGAAACAGGUCAAAGAAAGCAAAUGCCUAAGGGCCAUGAAAUACAAAGUCUCCAGUCAAUAGAAGCCAAACCACAGUUAGAACAUAAUAAGACGAAAAUGUCAUUAUCUGACUUUGACAAUGCAUCUGCCCCCACAAUAGCAAACCGGGUGGAACACAGACAAUUUGCUGAGGUCAAGGCUGAGCAGGCCAUGGCAGAACAUAUAAAAGCACAACACGCCCAAGCAGAGCUGGCAAAGGCUCAGCACUGGGCUCAAGUGGAGCAACCCAAAGUCGAGUCUGCUGGGUUAAUUUUAACAGGGCAGACUGGUUCAGAGAAAGUCAAAGCAGAACAGAGCAAAGCAGAAAUAACAGAACACGAGAGAGUAGCUAAAGCAGAACAUAUUGAACCUCCAGAACAGUACGGCGAAAAACAAUCAGACCAGACUUCAGAAGAACAAACUAAGGCAGAGCAAACCAGAUCACAAAAGGUAACAGAGAAGCCAAAAAAUAAUACCGAGGAAGCUGGAGACGAGCACAUGAGAGGGGUGCAGGAAAAGCAGGUCAAAGUAGAACAAGUCGAAGCAGAGAGGCUAAAAGAAGAACACAUAAAAACUGACCUGACCAAGACUGAGCAGGCAAGCAUAAAGCAAGCCAUAACUGAACAGGCCAGGGGAGGAAGGAUCAAAGCAGAGCAACUUAAAGAAGAAGAGGCAAGAGCAAAGCAAGUUGAAAGAGAGCAAAUAGAGGCAGAACGAAUCAGAACAGAAAAGGUUAAAGCAGAACAGGCUGAAGCAGAGCGCAGAGAUAAAGAACAAGCUAAACUCAAGCAGCUAAAAGAGCAACAAGCUAAAGCGGAACAAGAGAAGACUAAGGUAGUUGAUUCAAUUGACGCAGGUCAAAUAAAUGCAAAGCAACCUAUAACACAAAUAAGUAACGUCAAAGAGGAAAAGGUGACAGAUAGAAAUCCAGAGCAGGCAAAGUUGGAACAAACAAAAGUGGAGCUAGCUAAAGCAGAGCAAACAAAAACAGAGAACAUGCAGGAAAGGUCAGCUAAUUGUGCAGCAAAACUAACAGCGACGCAGCAGGUCAAAAGUGAGCCAGAUAGAGUUGAACAAGUCAAGACAGAGUUGGCUAAAGCUAAGGCAGAACUGGCUAAAAUAAAGGAGAAAAUGAGAGGAGAGCAAAAAGUCAAAAAUGCAGUUUGCACAAAAGUAGAUGGGAUUACGAAAGGCUCUCCUUUAAGGGUAAAUCUAAAUAAAAAUGAAGAGGACAAAGAUCAGGACCAGGCAAAACAAACACAUAAACAGAAAGAAGAUUCAGUUGUUGUCCAGAGGCAAAGUGUAGAUAAUGCUAUUAGAGGGGCUAAUGAUUAUACGUGUCUUAGGGAGAAAUAUGGUUUUACAGAUACAGCCUUAACAGAGGGAAACAAACCUGCAGAAAAUGUUUCUUCAAAUGAUGCUAGUGACACUCCAUCUGUAAUUCUUGAUAAAGUUGAGACAACAAAAACCGAGAAAUCAAAAGACAGACAUAGCCCUACAAACAGAUUUGCAACAGCUAACACAGAAAAUAAAGUUGAUGUAGGCAGCUUUAAAUCCAAUCAGGUGACAGAAAGUCACUAUGUUUACAGUGAGUCAUCCAAAGAAUUCAAAUUAUCUGGUGCUGAUCAUUUACCUAGCAAUGUAGAUAGAGCAAAUAGUGAUGCUGCUACUAAUAAAAUGAAGGAUGACAGUGUUGAAAAAUUGGAAAGAUGUGACCCUCCGAAAAACACUGAUGUUUCCCAGCAAGCAGAUUUUGGUUUGGCUAAAACGACCCCCCUUGAAAGAAAACCCAAGUCAACUGAGCACAGUGUAGGUCCAAGUAAAGAUCCACAUUUUACCCCUACCAAAGCAAUGUCCCAUAAAGAGAGGGCUCAAACCAAGCAGGAGAUUCUGACUUCCAAGAUAAAAGCUCAUGCUGAAAAAGAGAUUUCAGCAAUUAAAGAAAAGGGUUUUGCUAAACGGGAUGGGUUUAUAUCCAAAACGUCUACCAAGCUAUUAGGUAGUCAGGCUAUUAAUAUACGACAGAGGCCACCAUCACAGGAAGUGUCUAAAAAGCAAGAAAGCACAAUGUCCAGUAAUACGACACCAAAGAACCAUAUGGAGCUUUCAGGAAUACAGAUGGAACCAGUCAAGUCUGUUUCAGAUCCCAGCUCUGCUGCAAUACCAGUUAAGUCUGUAGCAACCACCAGUCAAUUAGUAGACCAUUCACAGAAACAAGUUCCCAAAGAUCCCACGAAGAGCAAGGAUAAUGUACCAACACCCAGAGAAGGAAAACAAGCAGAAAGUUAUACCAUGAGCACAGAUGAAGGUUUGGUAGAAAAUCAAAAGAAAGUGAAUGAGUCUGGGAUUAAGUCACCAAUGCAAAGUAAAGAGGAGGUACCCAAGAACAAGCAAGGACAACAGGAAGAAAACUAUGAAAUCUCUGGAAAACAGAAAGAGAGACUCAAAGACACUCGCAACAAGGAGAAAGAGGAUCCACCACAAGCUACAGCUCUGGUCAAAACUGAGAGCUCCAAACCUGUGAUGACAGAAAAGGCUAAAAAUAAACAUGAGACAUGUCAUAAGGACACAGUACCUUCACUAAAUCUUGUCCUUGGUCAGAAUGAGACCCCCGUGGCUGAUGACAGCUUGCAGAUCACGGGAAUAAUGGUAACUGUACGAGAAAGAAAGCCAUCUGUGAACAAUGGUCAGAGGAAUACAGAGGAAACAGAGAGCAAUACUUCUAAGAUAGAUAAAUGUCAUCCGAGCUCAGGUCUUGAAGUAAGUAAAGGAAGUAAAUCUUCAAUGGAUGUUAGCAGCAAAAUUGGUAUGAAUAAUCAUCCUGAAACCAUGCAGGAAAUUUCAACCCUAGAGACUAGACAGAACAAUGUACCAGAGAAUGUGAAAAGGAUUAAUCUUCAGCAUGCGAGUACUUCCACAAAUACAAAAUCCCAAAGGGAAACACAACUCCAAGAGCCACAGGCUGAAAAAGCUGUGCCCUCGGCAGUCACUGUACCUACUAAAAAUAAAGUGCCCGCUGAACCCCUUCUCUACAAGCAGGACACAAUAGCAAGAGAAAGCAAAGAGAACUCAGCAAAGAGCAUAAAGAAAGGUGAAGCACAGAGUAAUACUGAAGAGAAAAAUCCACAAGGACAAAAAGCACACAGCAAUGAGACCUUCAUGGCCAAAGCAGUGAACACAGGAAUCAACCACACGAAUAAUUCAAACAAGUCUGAUGCUAAAACUUUGAUAAUGCAUGACAUCAAACCAUCAUUAAAAGAAGAUAUGACAACAGUCAUAAAUCCAUCCAAAAUCAUAAGCAUAGAUGCCAAGAAUGCACCCCUACUGGAGGAAAAGAGAUGUGACUCAACACCAGCAAAGCCAUUGAACAAAACCAAUCCCUCUAAUCAUUUAACUCAGAAUGAUGUGCAUAUAGGUAGCAUUUCCAUCAGAGUUGUGCCAGCAGUAACUGAGAAGGAUAACCUAAAAACGGAGGGGAAACAUCAUGUCACAACUGUCCCUUCUGGUCUAGUUGCAGGUAAUGAACACACACAAGUUGCAUCAUCUAAUCACGAGAAAAAGGUGGAUACAAACAAGGAAGACAUAAAAGACCUCACCCCAGCAAGCUGUGAGAAGCAGAUGAAAGACAAUUUGGAAGACAAAUUAGGAGUACAACAUGUGUGGUCCAGUGUGAAAAAACUGCCAGAUUCAUUAAAAAUCAGCAAUCAACAGAACAGCGUAAACACAACCAGUGAGAAUACUCAAGCUGAAGAUGGGAAGCCUGAAAAAGCUAAAAGUGGGAAAUCAGUGGAUGAAUCAAAAAUACAACCAAUGGAGGGAGAUUACUUCCAAGUGCAAAGGAUAGCAGAAACAAAAAAUGAACCACACAAUAGUGUAAAUAUUGGAGAUACAUCUAAUGCUGUUUUGAAGGGAAGGGAACCUCCAGGAUUGGUACCAAACAAAACAACUAUCAGGAAUGAAUCAUGCAAUGAAGAAAAAAGUGUCUUUGUGUUGGAUCAAAGUAAAAUAAAAACAGUGGAAUCAAGUUCAGUAAGUGUUCAAGAUGAGAUCACGAAAAGGAAAAACAGGGAAAAAGAAGAUAAUUUGGCUUCAAAUCAGAGGGAUGGUUCCACAGAGAGACGAAGUAAUAAAAAUGAGAAGACAGAGGCAGGUCAAACUACUCAUAUCAGAAAACACACACACAGCACACAGCACACAGAGAACCAGUCCAGUAUAUCAGCAAGGGAAAGACAGAGCUCAAACAGUUCACACCCAGCAAGGGAAAAUACAGUUGAACCUGAAGUUAAACCAAAACCAAAAGAAAAGGUAUCCACAAUACCUGAGAUAACAGCACUUGCAGACUACGCCAGGUUAAAAGUAAUUGCUUCAGAAGACCGUGCAAACACAAUUCAGGAAUUUCCACCAAACAAAAAGGAAGGAUUCUUUCCAUUAAUACAAACUCAUCAUAGCAGGCGUCCAGUGUUCACUGCCGACCCAAAAGACCUCUCUGUGAAAGAGAAAAGUUUGCCAAAUAAGACAGAGGUCAACUCCAAAGUGAACAAAGAGCCCAAACCCUUAGUAUUUCCCAUAACAGAAAAAGAACACCAAAGGACUGGGAUGUUCAAACUGGGAGACAAAGAAAGACAAGAGAAAAUGCGUUCAGAUGCCAAAACCAGUGAAGAUGUAUUGGACCCUGGGGUAAAACACUCACAGCAUCUCAAAGAAAGAGACAAGUCACCAACAACUCAUCUCAAGAACCAGGGAAGUGAAAAACAAGUGGCUGGAACGGAUAUCCAAAGAGUUUCUCAAGUAAUUCAAAGUAUUCCCUCCCACCCUCCUCCAACAACAUGUUCUGAAGUCAACAAGCCAAGAAACACUAGUGUGUCACAACAUAUAAAGCGACUUGAAGCAUACACCACAGAGAAUAGCAAACAAACAAAGCUAAGAAAAGAUGAGAACACUGAAAAUGCACUCAAACAGAACAGACCAGAAAAACUGAGACAAGAAAGACUCAUAACUCACCAUGAAGAAACCAUGGCAAAGCAGAGCUUUGCUGAGCAGGAACAGCUGGAGGAAGAACAAACUUCUAGGGUAGAGGUGGACAGAAGAGCAGAAGACAUUAAAAUAAAGCACAUCAUUGAGGAGAGUAGAGCUUCUCAGGCUGAAGAAGAGAGGAGAGCCACUCAGCGAGAAGAGGAGAGGAGAGCAAGAGAGCGGGAGGCCAUAGCUAUUCAGAUCAAGGAAAGGCGGGAAAAACAGAGAGAGGCAGAGAGAAGGGCAGAGGAAGAAAGAAACAGACUGGCAAAACAGACUGAGGAAAAGAUAACUGCUCAAAAGGAAGAGGAGAUGAGAGCAAAGCAGAGAGAGGAAGAGCAGAUAAAAGAAAAGGAGAAGAUGUUGAAACAGCAAGAGGAGGAGAGAGCUGCACAAGAGGAGCAGCAAAGAAGAGCUGCUGUGAUUGAGGUGCAGCAAAAGAGAGCUGCACAAAAGGAGCAGCAAAGGAGAGCUGCACAAGAAGAGCAGCAAAGAAGAGCUGCUCUGGUUGAGGAGCAGAAAAGGAGAGUUGCUCAAGAAGAGCAGAAAAGGAGAGCUGCACAAGAGGAGCAGCAAAGACGAGCUGCUCAAGAGGAGCAGCAUAGACGAGCUGCUCAAGAGGAGCAGCAAAGGAGAGCUGCACAAGAGGAAGAGCAAAGGAGAGCUGCUCUGAUUGAGGAGCAGCAACGGAGAGCUGCACAAGAAGAGCAGCAAAGAAGAGCUGCUCUGGUUGAGGAGCAGAAGAAGAGAGCUGCACAAGAGGAGCAGCAAAGGAGAGCUGCUCUGAUUGAGGAGCAGAAGAAGAGAGCUGCACAAGAGGAGCAGCAAAGGAGAGCUGCUCUGAUUGAGGAGCAGAAAAGGAGAGCUGCACAAGAGGAGCAGCAAAGGCGAGCUGUUCAAGAGGAGAAGCAAAAGAAAGCUGCUCAAGAGGAGCAGCAAAGAAGAGCUGCUCUAGAGGAGCAGCAAAAGAGAGCUGCUCUAGAGGAGCAGCAAAGGCGAGCUGCACAAGAGGAGCAGCAAAGGCGAGCUGCUCAAGAGGAGCAGCAAAGGCGAGCUGCACAAGAGGAGCAGCAAAGGCAAGCUGCACAAGAGGAGCAGCUAAAGAGAGCUGCUCAAAAGGAGCAGCAAAGAAGAGCUGCUCAAGAGGAGCAGCAAAAAAUAGCUGCUCUGAUUGAGGAGCAGAAGAGAAGAGCUACACAAGAGGAGCAAAGGCAAGCUAAACAGGAUGAAGAGAUACUUGCUAAUAUUGAGAAAGAAAAGAAAAGAAAACAGAGAGAGGAGGAGAAAGCUGCUAAAAUUCCAGAGGAGGAAAAGAUCAAACAGGCCCAGGAUCACCAGAUUAAAGAGCACAGGGGCGAAAGACAGAAAAGAGAAGAAUUGAUGAGCACACAGAGAGAGAAUGAUGAGAGAAGAGCUGUUCAAAUAGAGAAAACAAUUAUAAAACAAAGAGAUGAAAAGCAAACCAAAGAGAAGAUGGCCAGACUCCUUGAGGAGAGCCAAGCAGCACUGAAAAAAGAGGAGAAGAAAGUAGCACAAGAACGAAUGCUAGCUCAAAGAAACAAUGAGAUCAGCUCUAUAAAGAGAGGAGAAGAAGAAAAGUUAGCCGUCUACGGAGAAAAGGAGAGAGCUGAUCAAAUGGAGGAGCAAAAAAGAGCAGCACAGAGUGUGGAUUCUCUUCAAUACUAUGCCAUCACGUCAACAGAAUCAGAGAGGAAACCCAGAGAAAGACAACUAAGCUCCCCUUCACCUUCUCAACAAAGAAAUAACUCAUCAGGUUUUGAGUCGACUGAAGACUCCCACACCAGGGCUUAUAGGCCACAUGCCCCUGCAUCUCCAGCUCCAGCUCUACCCCGCUCCAACACCUCCUCUCCUGCUCUUGGAACCAAACCUUUAAUGUUCAGGGUGAAGGAUAACACCAACAGAGGGCCCUUUUUCACCAAGUCUGUUAAACCACGCUUCCAUAAGAACUUUGGAGAGGAUUUCCGAGUGGGUUCACCCAUGGGGUCAGAAAGAGGUGAGGAGGAGCAAGAGACAUUGAGACGCAGUGCUUUAACUCCUCUCCAUUCUGACACAGGGUUAAACAGACUUGCUGCUAUCAAAGAAUCCUCAACUUUUCAGUCAGCAUCUUCAUCACAGGACUACUCAGCCCCUCUCCCACAUCACAGGCCUUACUCCAGGAGGAGCAUCGCUCUGGAUGAGGACGACUCCCGCUCUGUCAUCAGCAACAUGUCAGAGGAUGUGGAGAGUUUCGCCACCAGUGCAGCAGAUCUGGCAGAUAUACGAGGCCUGUAUGACUAUGAGAGGCCAGAAUCAGCCUGUAGCUUCAGCAGUGAUGUGUCACGUUCUUUGGGCAGGCCUCCAGUUGUUCCCCCCAAGAGUGAAAAAGCUUUGCGCAGGGCAAAAAGGUUGACUACCAGGAGAAUCAAGAAGGAGUUGUCCAAAGCUGUAGCAGACAGUCCUGUUGAAGUUGAGAAACCUUUUCAAGAAGACUCCAGUAUACCUUCCUCCUCCUCCAUUGAGGUAUGCUCCUCCAAACUCCAUGCUGUGGCUUCCCCUCAUUUUUCCCCACCUGUCUCCCUUGCUCAUGCCCCAACAGUGGGGUCUAGCUUGCCUUCCUCCAACACAGAACACCAAUCUUCUCACAGCUCUUUCUAUGCUUCCCCUCAUGCCACUGGUCCUAUCUCCCUCCCAACUGCUUCACCUCACGCAACUGCCCCCAUUUCUCUCCCUGUUGCCUCGCCUCAUGCUACUGGCCCUGUUUCCCACGCUGUUGCUCCUAAGAUAGUUGCUGAUGUACCCUCUUCUCCCACUCUCCAUCAUGCCAACCACCCAGCUCCAGUGACCCAGUACCAUGUAGAGUCGAACUACCCGCAGUCCUACCCACUGACUCAGCGUAAGGUGCUGCAAGACCUCGGCUCUGGUCAGUAUUUUGUUGUGGAUGUGCCCGUUGAAGUAAAAAAGAAGACUUUCUUUGACCCAGAGACAGGAAAGUAUGUUCAGCUGAAUGUGCGUGAGUCUGCCAAGAGCACGUCCCGACCCCAGCCUCAGCAAACAUACCUACAGCCUCAGCUCCAACCCCAGGUCCAUGUCAACACACAACAACAGCGCCUCACCCAGGACUCUCCAGCUGGCAAGCCCCUUGUGCUGUAUCAAGGAUAUCAUGGUUAUCCACAAGGCUACCAAACUGCGGCUAUGAACUCUGUGCCAAACAACAGGUCAUCAGCCCCUGUGACCCUCCAUCAAGACCAGCAGCCUGUCAUGGACAGCCACAGCUACGGAUAUCCAGCCCCUGAAAUCGGACAGAACUCUGAAGGGCAUCGCUACAGUCCAGAGAAGACUCCAUACAUGGACACGGUUAAUGAUACAGACAAAACACAUAACACAGUUUACAACACACAUGGCCCAUAUGAGUCUUUACCAGAGUGUGACACAAACAGCCAGCUUGCAGGAAGCUCAGUUUGUCAAAAUGAUAGCUCAGCCCACUCAAGAUAUCAGCCCCGUGAUAUAAUAACCAUGAGUGAACUGGAGGAUUUUAUGGAGCUGUCUGACUGGUGAGAAUAAAGACUGCUGCAGCUUUGACGCAGACAUAGCUAAAUAAAGUAUUUGAUGAGAUAAAGAUAAGCACAGUAUGAAUGGAUCAUUAUAUGCAGUAUUUUAAGUGUUUGUAAAUGACUUUUUCAAGUGAAAAUAGUCUCAGAAUGUUUUUGGUUUGUGGUUUCAAAAAGUCCCUGUGACGUGCUGUUAUAUUGCUGCUGUUGAUUUUGAAGAUUCACUGUCGAACUAUUUAUUGUGUUACAGAGAAGUUCACCAUUCCAUUUGACUUUUGAAUGUGAGAAGCUACGGUAUAUUUCUUGUGUAUACAGUAUGAUGAUCAGUGUUCCGUCGCCUCCUAAACCUGGAGGUUAGUUAUCAUACAUUGAACAGCAACAGUAUGUCAAUGGUGUUUAGUCGUGUGGAGAAAUUCUAGUUUCUGUUAUGAACACUGACAGGUCUGCUUAAGUUUUCAUCAUUUUUUUUUUCUUGUUAGUGAAAUCCUACUUUUGGCAUUUUGUGAUGCAUGAAAUAUUGUUAAAACCCACCGCGUCAAUCAAAGCGUCGAUCUGCAGAUGGUGAAAAGCAUCGUUUAUGUAUUCAACCACUGUGUCAAAGCCAGUCGUGAUGAGAUUAUUGCCGUUUUAGAGGUUUAAUAUCAUACAGUAGUCCAUUUGUUAAGUUGGAGGUUUGUGAGAAUGUUUCUGUGUUGCUGUGAAAGAGUAGUGUGACAUGGACAAUAAAAAACACUUAAUUCAACCAAAUUAUUACACCACAACUAUUGUCUUUCAAAAUCACCUUGUAAAGAUUAUAAAUAAACAAAAAGGAAAUAUGAAAGAGUGCUGUGCUAGGUUGAUUUCAUUUUAUUACUCAAAAGACCGUAAUAACAAUAUAAUGUUAAUGUCACUGGCAUCCUGUUCUGACUCUUGAAAUGUACCCUGGGUCUGAAUGACUCAAAAUGAAGAGUCUUUUCACUGAGUGCAAUAUAAAAUUACAUGUUCAUGAGAGAGCACAAUAAUCUGUCCAGAGAGAUUUCAUAAACAAAAAGAGAAAAUUACAUUUUGUUGGUGACAUUUGUGUGUACGUGCAUGUGUUUUUACUGUACGAAUCAAUGCGAAUGCUUAAAUCCCUG